AAAAAUAAAUACUUCAUUUUCGCUUUCAUUUUCUCUCUCUCUCUCUCGCUGCACCCAAUUCAACAGAAAUUACUUUGGACAAAAUUAAAACAAGCCAACAGAAUCGGGAAACAAAAUAAAUAUAAAUAAAAAUCUAGGGUUUCAAAAUCCGUUUCCUUCCCUAUUUUCCUUCCCUCCAAACACCAUUCUCUGCUAUUUUCUAUUUCUCCUUCACUCACCACAACCUUUUUCCCACUUCGUUUCUUUUGCGUUGCUUUUUUUAAUAUUUUCUCGGAGAUAAAGAAAAUUCUCACUUUUCCCGGGAAAAUUUCUUUGGCAGAGAAAAUCUUGAAGUGGAAACUAUUUUCCCGGGAAAAUUUUGUGUUCGAAGGAAUUUGGUGUGAAUUCGUUGAUCUGAGGAGAAGAAUAGCUGUUGGGUGGUGUUAGGGAAGGGGAUGAUUUGUUUUUAACCGAUCCGUAGAUCCAAGAGGGAGGAUUUGAGCUCUGUAGGAACUUUUAAUGAGGAUUGCAAGAUUUUAUCUUGAAUCAUUUUAGUUUGGAUGUGAAGCAUUGAGUAAUGGAUUUAGAAGUAAUCUCACCUUCUAGGGAUAUGGUGAAAUGUUGUAAUUGUGGGUGUAGUUGUGCUUCAAUGAGUAGUUCCUCUGGAACUUGGCUUCGGUCUGUUAAACGGAAAUACGACGAGUUUGAGAAUGAAAAUCGGUUCUUUAUACCUGAUUUAGCAGUAGAUUUGAAUCCCCGUGUACAAAUUGAGAAUGAGUGCACUGCCUUGCGUGAAACAGUUGCUAGCCAACAGAAAACCAUGCAAGAUUUAUAUAUGGAGUUGGACGAGGAGAGAAAUGCCUCGUCUUCAGCUGCAAAUGAGGCCAUGUCCAUGAUAUUGAGGUUGCAAAGAGAGAAGGCAGAAGUCCAAAUGGAGGCAAGGCAGUUCAAGCGAUUUGCUGAAGAGAAAAUCUCACACGACCAACAAGAGCUUUUGGCCUUCGAGGAUUUAUUGUAUAAGAGAGAGCAGGCCAUUCAAGCCCUUACUUGUGAAGUGCAGGCUUAUAAACAUAGAAUGAUGAGUUAUGGGAUUACAGAGGCUGAGGCUGAGGCUGAUGGUGAGAAACUUUGCCUUAGUCGAAACACAAGCACAGUUGAAACCUUUGAUGCUCAAUUGGAUCUUCCUGUGUUUGAAUACCCACCUUUAAAGUGCAACUUGAAUGAGAAUUCUGCCCCUUUGGAGGGUGAUGACAGUGUAGAUGUUGAAAUAUAUCCAUUUGGGGAGACCCCUCGUGGCCAGAACGAAAAGUAUCCAUAUGGAGAGACCCCUCGUGGCCAGAAUGAAAAAUAUCCAUAUGGAGAGACCCCUCGUGGCCAAAAUGAAAAAUAUCCAUAUGGAGAGACGCCUCGUGGUCAGAAUCGAUUGAUGAAUUUAGAAUAUAGGAUUCAUCAAAUGGAUAGGACUCCUAGAAAAAGCCAGCUGGACAGGGAUUUUUCAAGUGGGAAGAAUAUAUUCGAGAGUGUGAUUGUUGGUCAAUCUCCUAGGCGCCAUAAACACAGCAGGAGGUUUUCCAAUGAUAGUUCAAGUUCGUACAUGGGAAUGUUUAAAGAAACAGGUUCAGAUUUUGUCACAGGAUCUCCAAGGUUUAACAGAAGUUUCAAGAAGAUGGAACAAACAGAGGAUUUUUCUACUUUGAGAAAAAGAGAUAACACAUCAGAAAUUGGCGAUGAAAUGAGUGACAGAGUUUAUACCAUUGAUUCUGUCCAUAAUGGAGUACAAUAUAAUAGUUUUAAGGAACCUAAAUAUGGUGUAGGAAUGUGCGAGGAUGAUAUUAACUCACCAAGAGAUUCACUGAACAGAUAUGAUACUGAAGAUCCAUAUAUCAAGAAGCUCUACAUGAGGCUCCGGGCACUUGAGGCUGACAGGGAAUCAAUGAGACAGGCAAUUAUGUCAAUGCGGACUGACAAAGCACAAAUGGUAUUAUUAAAAGAAAUUGCUCAACAUCUGUGCAAGGAAAUGACCCCUGAAAGACAAAUGCCUGUGAGGAAAUCAUCUGCUGUCAGAAGCUUUUCCCUCAUGUCAAUUUUCAAGUGGAUUGUGACCUUUGUCUUCUGGAGGAGAAAAGCUUCUCGUAGCAAGUUUACAGCUGAGUUAUCAGCCAACAAUGUGGGCUUGCUAAUGCUUCUAGAUAAGAGCCCGCACAUGAGGCAAUCAAGAUGUGUUUCCAGCACACAAGUGUGAAAUUGGUUUUCAAGUUUCUGUAUCAUUUGGAAGUUUAUGCCAACAAUUGCAAAUGCUUUUGCUCAUAAAUGUGAAUGCCUUGUGGACUUUCAUCACACUUAUACCAUUACUUUCGCAUUCUUUUGUCUGGAUUCCUGGUUGCCACGGAAUUGGGUGUAUUGUGCAGUGUUGAUUCGUUUCUUUUUCUUGGGAUCGAAUAGAUUCUUGUGGUUGAUCAGUAAAACAUGGAUACAGUGUAGGCAUGCUCAUUCAUUUAGGUUGUUGGUAUUCAGCGGAAGGUACAAGUCUUGUACCAAUCUGCCCCUGUACAUUUCAGAUUCUUGUAUGAUUUCAACCAAUAUGAAGUGCUAUUGUUCUCAUCCAA